GCCAUUGUGCAUUUGUGCUGUCAAAAACUCAAAAUAGUUGCAAAUUCUCGCAAAUUUUAAUGAUGAGUUGUGUUGUGUGCCUGCCCUCCUGCUGUCUGUCCAGCUGCAGAUUCUCUCACGAGUCUAAUCAUAGGCCAGGGGUAAAAGCGCAAAUGUUUCUGCGCUCUCUUUUCUCCCCUCACCCUUUCUCUUUCUCCCUCGACCGCCCCGGAUCUAUCUCGCCGCGCCGGCGCGCAGCUGAGCCGCCGAAGCGAGGAGGCAAUCGAGGCGGACGAAGCGCCGCACCAAAUUCGACGGGGGAUCGAGCACCAGAGGCGUAGCGCAAAAUGUUCAAGUUCCUCAAGGAGGUGGUCGCGGGAUCCGGAUCGGGACUCAAGGACUUCCCCUACACCAUCGGCGAGCCCUACGCAUCGGCUUGGGGCUCAUGGAAACACCACCGCGGUACCUCCAAGGAUGAUGGGUCGCCUGUGUCAAUUUUUUCUCUGUCAGGGAGCAACCCUCAGGACAGACACAUGGUUGCUGGUCGCAACGGUGUUAAGAGAUUACGAACAGUGCGGCAUCCAAAUAUCUUAUCCUUUUUACACAGUACUGAAGCAGAAGCUGCGGAUGGACCUGCCAUGAAAUACACAAUUUAUAUUGUAACAGAGCCUGUUAUGCCACUUUCUGAAAAGCUCAAGGAACUGAAUCUUGGUGGUACACAGAGAGAUGAGUACUUUGCAUGGGGGCUUCAUCAGAUAUCCAAAGCUGUGAGCUUUCUCAAUAAUGACUGCAAACUUGUUCAUGGUAAUGUAUGCUUGGCCAGUGUUGUUGUUACACAAACCCUGGAUUGGAAGCUUCAUGCUUUUGAUGUUCUGUCAGAAUUUGAUGCUAAUAAUGAAGCCUCUGGUAGCCCCAUGUUGCAAUUUGAAUGGUUAGUUGGAACACAGUACAAGCCAAUGGAGCUGUCAAAGUCAGAUUGGGCUUCAAUUAGAAAAUCACCCCCAUGGGCCAUUGAUUCUUGGGGACUAGGGUGUUUAAUUUAUGAACUAUUUUCUGGUGCAAAGCUGGCUAGAACAGAGGACCUUCGAAAUACUGCUUCAAUCCCAAAGUCUCUACUUCCAGAUUACCAGAGGCUCUUGAAUUCCACACCUUCUCGUAGACUAAAUCCUUCAAAACUUAUUGACAACAGCGAGUUUUUCCAGAACAAGUUAGUAGAGACCAUCCAGUUCAUGGAAAUUCUUAAUUUGAAAGACACCUUUGAGAAAGACAGUUUUUUUCGUAAACUCCCCAAUAUAGCUGAACAGCUUCCUCGUGAAAUAGUUCUGAAAAAGCUGCUCCCUGUAUUGGCUUCUUCUCUUGAAUUUGGUUCAGCUGCCGCUCCAGCCUUAACUGUUUUGUUAAAGAUGGGUUCCUGGCUUCCUGCUGACCAAUUUAAUAUCAAGGUCUUGCCAACUAUUGUCAAGCUUUUUGCCUCCAAUGACCGAGCUAUCCGAGCAUGUCUUUUGCAUCACAUAAAUCAGUUUGGGGAAUCAAUGUCAGCUCAAAUUGUUGACGAACAAGUUUUUCCUCAUGUAGCCACUGGCUUCUCUGAUACUGAUGGUACUAUUCGUGAACUGACAUUGAAGUCGAUGCUCGUAUUAGCACCAAAAUUAUCUCAGCGUACAAUCUCAGGAUCUCUCUUAAAAUAUCUCUCUAAGCUACAGGUGGACGAAGAACCUGGUAUCAGGACAAACACAACAAUUCUUCUUGGCAAUAUUGCAGGCUACAUGAACGAUGGGACAAGGAAGAGAGUACUGAUCAAUGCAUUCACAGUUCGUGCAUUACGUGAUACCUUCCCUCCGGCCAGAGCAGCUGGAAUCAUGGCACUGAGUGUCACUAGUUCAUACUAUGAAAUGACAGAGAUUGCAACUCGCAUCCUGCCUAACAUUGUUGUGCUCACAUUUGACCCAAAUAGUGAUGUCCGAACGAAGGCUUUUCAGGCUACCGAUCAGUUCUUGCAAAUAGCAAAACAACACCAUGAAAAGCUUAAUACAGGAGACAACAGUGUGGCUGAAAGUACUGGUGUUAAGUUAAAGCCUGGAAAUGCAGGUUUACUUGGGUGGGCCAUGAGUUCUGUUACACAAAAGGGUAAACCUUUUGACCAUGCCCCAAUAUCUACUGCAAAUGCCAAUAAUUCUCAAGCAUCAACAACCUCGACUGCCACUCCAGUUCUGUUCACUUUAAAAGAUCUGCAAUUGAGUAUAUCAAUUCGAUUGCCAGACACUCAGGCUUCCACACUAGCGUAUGCACCAUCCACAUCCACCUCGCUUGAUCAAGCUGCAUCAGCAUCAGCAAGGUCGUCAGUAGAUGGGUGGGGUGAGCUUGAGGAUGGUAAUAUCCAUGAGGAGAAUAGUAGCGAUAAAGAUGGAUGGGAUGAUGUAGACCCAUUUGAGGACAAGCCAUCCCCAUCUCUUCUAUCCAACAUACAGGCUGCUCAAAAACGUCCAGUGGUGCAACCAAAGCAACCGGUUGCAAACUCAUCUAAACCAAACCCACUGAAAGCGCCAAAGUCAGAAGACGAUCCUUUGUGGGGUCCUAUAGCUGCUGCACCACCUAAAAGUGCAGUAAAAUCUGCAGACAUCAAGCCAUCAACAUCACAUAAUGAUGAGGAUGACCUCUGGGGUUCAAUAGCAGCACCUCCAAAAUCAUCUGGGAAGCCUUUGAAGCCAGCUGUAGCGAAUAGUGACGACUUAUGGGGUGCCAUCGCAGCACCUCCACCAGCAACCAAAGCCAGACCCUUAGCCUCGUCAGGUAGGGGCCGAGGAACAAAGCCAGCGCAACCAAAACUUGGUGCUCAAAGAAUAGGAAGAACAUCUUCAACUGGAAUGUGACGUCUUAUGAUAUCAAGUGUUGUACAAGAAUGCAAAGUUUUCCUUUUUUUUUCCCCUGCCUUGCGUUGAGUCUGUCCAGGAUGACAUUCUUUGUAAACUAGUAAAAAGAUUUAUGUAUAUGAGCACAGUUUUGACCAAUGUAUUAGUAUUAUUUUACCAUUGUGUAUUAAAAUAGAUCCAGAAGAUUUUUGCACAUCACAGCUGCAAUCAUCUUAAGUCCAUAUUAUUAAUAUAUUGCUAUGUCUUAUUUUGGCGUGA